AUGGACGACUUCAUCUUUCCCGACAAUGACCCGUUCGAGCGUGAUACGAUACCUGAUGACAACACAAUCCAAGAUGACGAUCAGUACGCUUAUCGAUCCUUGACAGAUUCCCAAAAGAACCUCUUGGCAAUCCUCCCGAUUCCUUCUGCAAUUCUCAGCGUCUUCGGCAGCUCUGUCAUUAUCUUCAUGGCCUAUCUUUCCCGCAAGUCAAAACCAUGGACUCCGUACAACCGUUUGCUUGUUGCGAUGAGUGUAUACGACAUAAUAACAUCAAUAGCGCUGGGCUGUGCCACGUUUCUGGGCAACCGAGAAACCUCCAACAAAGCAUGGGCCAUGGGAACCGACUCCACGUGUUCGGCAAUGGGGUUCUUGAACAACAUUGCUUUCAGCGGGACGCUCUACAACGCUUCGUUGAGUUAUUAUUUCUUGUUCACGGCACGCUUUCGAAUGAAGAAUGAUCAGAUAGCUCGACGGAUAGAGCCAGCCAUGCAUAUAUUCAGUGUGGGGUUUCCACUGAUAACAGGUAUCAUCGGUCUUGUCUUGGGGGUAUAUGCAGAACCAGUGGCGGGCAUGGGAUGUUGGGUAUACAGGUAUCCGAAAGGAUGUGGUUCUGGCCCUAAUGCUACCGGAGAGCCAUGCAUAUCAACCAUGAUUUCAUACAUCUUUGGGUCAUGGAUUGGAUUCUUUACGCUCGCUAGUCUCUUUGUGAACAAUUUGAUCAUUUGGGCCUUUGUUCGGCAGCAGAUAGGAGCAAAUGGGCGCAAUUCUGUGCCUCCGUCGAACUCAUCCACUGGAGAGUUUGACGACUCCAAAAGUGGAACCUUUUCAUCCUUUCGAACGGGUGGGACUAGCUUUCGGAUCGACGCGUCUCAGAAUAGUGUCACAAAUGAAGAUAUCCGAGACUCUCAAGAGCGACGGCUGCGGCUGGUCCGCUCUCAGGCGAUUUUGUUUGUGGCAAGCUAUGUGGCUAGUAGUAUGAUCACCUACAUUCUGAGACUCUUUGAGAGUCAGGCAUUCGAUUACGUCCAAGAGAUGGAGCUGCCCUACAGCAAUUACACCUUGAUGAUUCUCCAAUCCAUUUUGCUCCCACUUCAAGGUUUGUUCAACAUGAUGGUGUAUAUCCGCCCCAAGUACAUUCGGAACAGAAACGAUUUCCCCCGCGAAUCCCGGGUUUGGUCCAUUCGACGGGCUGUGCUAGGUGCCAAGGUGGAGCCGGUGCAUUCCCUCGUUAUUGACAUUCAAGGAGGUAACAAGAAUGCUGCCUUUUCCUCUCCGGCGGUGGUCAAGGGAAUGGUAUCCUCGCUCACCAAUGCGAGUGGUGGUGACGCGAAGGAUAGUGAUGACCACGGCAUGACUAGUGGGGAUGGUCUGAAUGAAUCAUCGGAGCUUUCCAAGUCGAUUGUGAUCUCACGGGCAUCAGGUCUCAACAAGAACAACAAGUCGACGAACAGCAACAGUAUGCAAGUCAUCAAUGAAAUAUCCGAGGCAGAGGACUCUAGCUGCUUUUCUGUCUCGUCCAGGCAGACAGCACCGGAUCAGUAUGGGCAGUCGGCGAGGAGCAGCGGUUCCCACCACAAUCAUGGUGGUGGUGGUGGAGGAUCGUUCUCUGUAGGAAUCUUGAUGGACGGAUCCCUAGUGGAAAGCCCAAAACCAGCAUGA